CUUUAAAAAGCCUGACACUUACUUUCAUCAGUACAGUAACGGUCCUCUCGGCUGCAGCACAUCUCCUCCUAAGUUUGCACAUCACUUUCAGUCACAGUCAUGGGGAAUAACCCUUCAUCACCUCCCCGUGAUCCAACUCCACCGCCCUCUCCACUCUUAAGAAAUCCAUGGAGAGAAAUGUCUUGGGGAGACAGUAACCAAGCUCUUCAGUACUUGAAGGUGUUUCGGCCUCAAAAUGAUGAGAUACAGCACAUCAGAGUUUUACUCUAUGGACCAGUCGGAGUGGGGAAGUCCAGCUUCAUCAACUCUGUUAACAACAUCUUACAAGGGAGAAUGACCAAUGAGGCUUUGGCCAGUUCCACAACCUCUGAUCACAGUUUCACCAGGAAGUAUCAAACCUAUAAAAUCAAGAAAGAAGGCACAGGAAACUUUUACCCCUUUGUGUUCAAUGACAUCAUGGGUCUGGAGGAUGGAGAUGGAAGAGGAGUCAGAGCAGAUGACAUCAAACUGGCCAUGAUGGGACAUGUGAAGGAUGGUUAUAAGUUCAAUCCUGUAUCUUCACUUUCUGCUGGUGAUCCUGGCUACAACUCUUCCCCAUCCAACAAUGACAGAGUCCAUGUUCUAGUUUGCAUUUAUUCUGCUAAUGCACCACAAAUGAAUUCCUCUGUUUUACACAAGAUGAAGGAAAUCAGAGAAGCAGCCAGUGAUCUGGGUAUUCCUCAGCUGGCGAUUCUCAGUCACAUUGAUGAAGCCUGUGGUGAAACACAAGCAAACCUGGGAAACGUCUACAAGAGCAAACAUUUAAAGAAAAAGAUGGGUGACUUCAGCUCCAGCCUGGGGAUUCCAAUGAACUGCAUUCUCCCAGUGAAGAACUACAGUGAUGAAAUUCAGCUGAAACCAGAUGUUAACACUCUGAUCCUGAGUGCGAUGAGACUGAUGAUUGACUUUGGAGACGACUAUGCUGACAAACUGAAAACUACAGAGUAGUGUGGACAUCAAAGCAGUAUUAAUGGUUGUUAAUAUUAGCCCUGCCCAGGAUUCCAUUUCCUGACCUUUUACUGCAUGUCUUCCUUGCUCCUCUCUCUUUCUGUUUCCUGUCUGAUUACUUUCAAUAAAAGCCUCUGCUAUUAGGUACAAUAGUAACUGAAUAAUUAAAGAAGCAAUGUGUACAGAACAAUUGUAACAUUGGCCAGUCAGGAAUAAUUUAAUAAAAAUAGGUUUUGUUUUAUGAGUUGUGCCUUUCACCAUUACUCUGUUUUUUUAUUUAUUUAUUGGUCCAAGAUAUUGACAGAAAUGCACAUAAUUGCAGAGUUGAACAUCCAAAAACAUUUUGUUGAAUUAUUAUUUUUGUUUUUCACACAUGCCUUGUUGUCCUAAAGACAUUUAUUCUCACAUAGAAAUAAGUGCCUAUAAUCUCUUCAAAAAUGUUACAUAAAUAGAAUUGAAAUGUAUGUGGUUGAUGUUGAAUCUGUCUUUAUUACUGGGCUAGUUGGGCUAUAUAAUAGCUGUCUAUUGCUUUCUAUUUGUAAAGAACAACUGAAUAAAGGCACCACCAUAAACAUUUACAGCAUUUGAUUAAAAGUUUAAUUUCUUGGUUUAAUUGAAGUGACUGUGUGGACUUUCACUAAGUGACAUAACAAAAUAUAAAACAGCAAAACUAUGAGCAGAGCUGAAUAUAACUGCUGCCAGUGUCUUUAUAUCAACAAUGAUGUUUACCUCUAGAACUCUGGAACAUGUUUACAUGUUUAGCAAUAUUAUCAGUUUCAUCAGAGAUGAAACACAACUGCUCUGCGACUUGAACCGAAGGUAUUAAAAUGUCCCAGGGGCUAUUUUUACUCUGCAAAUUGUGCACCCAAAUAGCAGGCAGAUGGUUUAUCUAUUCUGACCUUACUGUAGGAGGUCAUAUAAUGAGUUUGAUUUGUUUUAAACAGGAUAACUGAGUGUUUGUGACUGAUAAGUACAGAAAUCCACCUACACUUUUAGAAGAGAAAAAGUUUAAUCUUUACACCAUUCUUACCCAUUGCAGUUAAAUAUUUGAACAAUAGAGUAAAUAAUUUGCUAAGCUGGAUUUCUACAAAUAAGAAACAAAUAAAUCCCAUAUAUAUCAAAGUCUGGACACGCCAACCCUUUUAUGCUGACAGCAGAUAUAGAUUGCGAUUUCCUGCUGCGAAGCAAAAUGCAACAUUUUGGUGUCCACAGGAGUAACCUAGAAAUAAUUCAAUAAUUUACAAUAAUUUAGCUGCAGAAUUUACAGGAAGAAACAAUCUCACACAUUAUCUAAAGAUUGUCCAAGUAUAAAAUCAACAAACAAAAGCUUUUUUGCUGUUAAAUAGCACCGUGUGAGUAUUCAUAUCUUUGCUGUAAAUGUGCUGCUGCAGAAAAAAACAACAGGGAAUCUGCUGCAACUCAAGCUCCUACAAUGGAAGCUGCCAGAAUUAGUGACUGACUGUUUUUGGAUUGAACCAGUGGCUCUUAAAAAGCUGAAGCAGUGAAGAAAACGUGUGAUUGAUCCUAAAGUCCGUUUGAAACUAUAGGGUGUUGAAUGGAACAAUGUUUCUAACAGAUCAGGAAAAAAAGGGGACUGAAAAAUAGGAAAGGUACAAGUAAAUAGUUGUUACUUGUAACAAUAAAAAAAACCAAAAACGCAUGAAGGGAAAGAGUUUGCAACCUCCACAGCAGAAAGUUAGUGAUUAGUGGUUUAAAUAUCGGAGGACAGACUGCCAAUUUAGCAAAAAUCCCCAAAACUCAAAUGUAAAACCUUCUGAUUGCUUUUAUUGUACACAAAAAGGCAAUAAGAAUUAUUUUUACUGCUAAAAUAAUAUUGUGGUGGCAGCGUUUGGUUUUGAAUCCGUUAACUCGGAACCCAUCCCACAUAUUUUUUUGCAACUUCUGCACUCUGUCUAACCCUGUAUUUCUGCCUUCUCCACAGGGCCUGUUGCUUGGUAAUUACCACUGCUGUUCCUACGCCCCAGAUGGCCCAGGUGGCUCAGGUUAAACUGGUGGUCUGUCCAUUGUAGCAUUCCAUUAGAGGUGCAAGGGGAUAUACAGGCCAUGGUAAAAUUGGCUGAACUCUGUCUCUUAUCCAUCAGAAUCUGGUUUGGCCCGGGGUUUUGGGGGAGGCUUUGUGAGUGGAGAAUAAAUGUGUGUGGUGACGUUCACAAAUAUCCUAUGGUGUCAGUAGACAAUGACCACAAAGGCAAAAAUCAUAGGAUUAGGACUUGGGUUAGUAAAUCUUUCCUCUGAGGCAGUAUUGCAGUGAUACUCUACAUUAUGACCACAUUAUAAUCGAGGGUCACAUGAGGCAUCCUGACGCAGUACUUGUAUACCCCUAUUAGAAGGAGUUUAGCUGUUUAGUGUGAGUGAUGAUACCCAGAGUUGUUCUGAAAAUGCCCAGUUGUUGGUGCCAGAACAUGGCCGGGAAAUAGUUUUCCAGAUGGCUCAUCAUAACCCAAUGGCUUGUCACAUGGGAUGUAAAACACCCUUAGUUGGAUAAUAGCACACUUUUAUUGGCCUAACAUUUGUAGAGAUGCUCAAAUUCCAGGCCACUACAACUUAAAAAACACUACCAUAAUGAGUGGCUGAGAUCUCGCGAGAGCUGUACGUAUGUAAUAUGGCUGUAUACUGAUAAGCAAACAGACACAACAAACUCAGAUAAAACCAGCCAAUAAAUUCAAGCCAAACAUUGAAAUGUUUAAAAUACUAGCCGCCGUCUUAUAUUUUCCCAAUAAAACCAACUGGACAAGGCAACCUCAGUCAGCCUGGAGAGUUACAUGGAUGAAUGUUUUGAUAACAUUGUAAUGGGCAAGCCACAAAAAUCUGCAUCCAUGAUCAGACCAACAUCAAAACGCACCUGUUCACAGUGCUCGGCCAGCACCUCCACUAUCUAUCCAGAGAGAAGCUACGCUGAUGUCCUGGACUCUAUCGACAAGAAGCUAACCAGCCUGGAUGCUCGUCUCGCCUGGUGGAAGUUCUCCACAGGGAAUUUCAAGUUUUGAGAGAGUCUCUGGAGUUCAGCCAGGAACAACUCGCUUCACUCACAGCUGAGAACCAAACGCUGAGGGAUAGCAUGAAACCCCUUACAGAUGGAAUGAUGAAGCCUUCUGGAGAAAAUAAAAAAAAUAAAGGAGACCAUCCUGGAUAUACAAGAUUAAAACCUUGUCUUCUCUGGCAUCCCAGAACGGGCAGAGGAGGACAUGUGAAUUUCUCCAAUGUCAGCUGAAACUUCCAAGUGUAAAAAGAUGUAAAUAACAUCACAUUCCAUUUUGUUUACCGGCUCGGAGGUAAGAAGCCCGAUCACAACUGACAUCGGCCAACUGUAGCAAAGUUCGAGCACUAUAAGCAAAAAGAGCAGGUCAGAAGUCGGGGGAGAGAGCUGCGGGGAACGAACUUCAGCGUUAAUGACCAGUUUCCAAAGAAUAUCCUCAGUCAGAGGUUAGUUUUAUUCCCAAUCAGAAGGAAAUAUAUCACCGAAGGCACCAGAGCUUCAGUGGCUGUAGAUAAACUCUAUGUUAAUGGUCAGUUAUUCAGAUCACUCAGUGGCUUUAUUAGGAGCAACAGCAGGUUAAUCUAAAACAUGUAACACUGAUUACAUAAGAGGUUAGAAAACCAGAUUAGAUUAUAAUCUAAUUCAAAGCACUGCUCAGCAUGAUGUUUACAUUGUUUGAUGUGGGCGGGGCCAAGACUGGGAUUUUGGGUAUCUGCUCCUUUUUGUCUCCUCUUAUUCUGUCUGUUACCACACCUCUCUGUCACUCUUUUCUCUUUCUGUCACACAGAAACAUGCACACAUACACAUACACACACAGCUUAUACUAUAGUGUACAUUUUGUAAAGGGAGUAAAGUUUCUAUAGUGUGCAUGUUGUAACAUGCAGGUUGGUUUGUAAAUUAUCUAUGGGUUUUUAUUUUCUAAUCUGUUCUUUUAGAUUGAUUACGAUUCUGAAUCACGGUCUCCUCUCAGUGGACAACAAAGUUUAUCAGGAGGAUUACACAAGUCUGUGUAAGUUUCAGCUGUGUAGAACAUAUGGUUGUCUGUGUGAUGGAAGCUAAAAUGAAUGCUUGGUCCAGGUCAGUCAGCGCGGAGCAUGCUGGUGAAGCUACCUUAUGUCAGUUUAAAAGUAGUGGUUGGCAAGUGUCAGAGGAAGCAUUAGCGCUUACUGCUCUCUCCAGAUCAGCAAAGAUUAGGUAGAAUAGCAACUGGGUCAUUAAAGUGAGAUUGGUGUAAAGGGUUUCAGAUUAUUCUCACUGGUUCUACUGGAUUGUGUGUAGUUAAACUUUUGACUAAUUCAUUAGUUUGUCUUUCAUGAUAAUUGCUCCCACAAGUAGAAUUUCUCCCUCUGCAAAUUGGCAUCAAGUGGUUUACUAUGGCAAAAACAAUCACGCAAAAAAAAAAAAAAGAAAAUAGCUUAGCAAUUGAAUACAAUAUGCAAAUUUUAUUUGGAUUUGUUUUUUAUUUUACAGCUAUCUCCUAUUUUUACAACCCAUUAAUUUAGCACCAAGCUUUUUAUUAGAGUUUACAGGGCGUUGCACAGUGUUGAGCAUUUAGCCUCUGCACCAUUUUGUACCUUUUGCAGUUUUGCAUAACCAACAUUUUUUGGGUACAAAAAGGUGCUGUCUACUGCUGCAGAUUUUUGUACCGUCGAUUAAUACCUGCCGGAGGAUGUUUGAUACCAACUUUGACAACUGAUGAGUUAAAUGUAGUUUUCUAUAUCUACUCAUAUGUACUUUCAGGUCAUAUUUUUGUUCUGUGAUCUUUAGGUGCCUCAUGAUAACUGAACAUUCCUGACACAGAAGGGGGGGUAGAAGUUGACCCACUAAUAUUACACUCCUGAUCUAAAUGGUAAAUAGACUGAACUUAUGUAGCACCUUUCCAGUCAUACUGACCACUCAAAGUGCUUUACACCAGAGUCACAUUCACCCACUUACUAAUACACGCACAUUCAUACAUUGUAAAAUGUAUUAAUGACCACUCUUCUCACUAUGCCACAGUCUACCUCCGGGGGUAGUGACAAACCCUCAACCACUAUGAGCUGUAAGGGGUUAUAUGGGAUUGUGGAACGAGUGUGACAGUGAAACGUCAUAUAGCAAAAACAGCAGCAAGAGCAAAACAAAGCAAAGAUACCAGAUGAUCCUACAAUGUCUAAUCUGAUAAACAGCAGAAAUUAAUGCAGAUAACAUGUUGUUGUGCAGAUGUUGCACAACAACUUUGUGUGUUUAGAGCACUGAAUGCAGUGAGUUGCAAUUCACAUGUCUUAUGUUCUGUGAUUUCAGCUGCAUAAUACGAAAGCACACAUGGCCUGUGACCUCUGCAAAUUGACUUGUCUUGCAUGAAGGAUCAAAGUUAUCCGUAUGGGCUAGUUUGUGUUGCAUGUUUUAUUGAGGAUCUAUGAUCUGAAAGGGGCUAUGGUCUACCGUAAGGAAAAGUGUUUAUAUGACAAUAAAUAGUAUCUACCAUUCACCAGAGCUUACUUAGAGUUACUAGGGUUUGAUCUAAGGUCAUAAUCUGCCAUAUUUUGUCAGU